AUGCCAGAAUGCCAUGAAAAAAUCGAGCCCGCUCAAGCAGCUGCUACUGAAGAGCCCGACUUUAGCAAUGCCGAGGAGCUUUUCGAAAGGUUCCCAUUCCCAGAAUACGCCAAACUUCAAGGUCCCCAGAAUUUCGAGUUAUGGAAGCUCACGCUAUCCACCCAUCUUGAAGCCAUCAACCUGGGUAGCUUUCUGGAAGAUCCCUCCAUUGCAGCCAACCUCUUGGAUAACCACCAAGCUAUACUACAUAAGCUACUAUGGGAUAGCUGUACCCAAGUUCCUCAGGCAUCUAUUGCGUCGAUCAAAAAUCCAACAGAUGCCUAUACAUUGCUGGAAAAGCGAUACUUCUCAAGUCCGGAAUUUCAACGCCGCAUUCUCUACAGUUCCUACCACAAAUUGACAUUCAAAGGGUACCAAGGAACACUUGAAAAUUUCAACGCAGAAUUCGACUGCUAUCUUGCUAGGUUGCAACUAGCUGGAGUAAAAAUCGACCCAAUAGAUCAGGCCAGCCAGUAUCUCACAGCUGUUGGUCCUGUUUUUACCCAAUGGGCCGGAUUUAUACGCAUUUUUACUCAAAGCAUCCAGGCCUUGGGGCUCGGAUCGAAAUCCCUCGACCUACAUUACCUCAUGGCCAGCCUACUGAGAGAAUGCCGAAUUCCCGGUACCUCUGCUGCUAAAGCAUACAACCGUAGGAGGUCUCAACCACCCAAGAAACAAGGCAACAGCAACACUAGGUCUACUAGAUCUGGUCGACCUAGUCGACCCGGCCAAUCUAGCCAACCUGUACUAUCCCAUCAUUACUGCUACUAG